CUUUAACUUUCUUCCUCGUGUACAUGUAUUUUACUUUGUAGAACCGAAAAUGCCUGUAGCAUUCCACGCCGAGCUUGGCUCUAACAGAAUUUACAAAGGCGGUUCAGUCUGGGUCUUUGACAAUGUCGUCACCAACGUAGGAAAUGCGUACAAUCCAAAGACGGGGAAGUUCACCACGCCAAGUAAAGGUAUCUAUCUGUUCAAUUGGUACACUCUCAGUAACCCUGGUAAAGUGUCACAUGCAGGGUUAUACGUAAAUGGGAAGAUCAAAGGAAGACAGGCCUCAAAUAACUCAGGCAAUGACAAAAAGUAUAUUACUGCUGGUAGCAGCAUCGUCCUGGCUCUGGAGAGGGGAGAUUUAGUAUAUAUCAUGGAUGCUCACGGAUGGACAUCAGAUGUGAUAAGCCCUUGGACAGCAUUUGGUGGUGUGCAACAGGGCUGACAUGCAUA